GAAAUGUAGGCAUAAUAUUAGGUCUUAAGUACAGAAUUAGUUGCAUUGUAUACCUCAUGUGUUACUGGUAUUUGUUUUUGUUGGACAAAAGCCGAUGGAAUAAUCACUCCUAUCUUUUUGGUCUUUUGGUGACAUUGAUGUCCACAACUGAUUCACACUAUAUAUGUUUAUCCACAAAUUCCGUUUUGGCAGUACUUUCUUAUAAGAAGUCAAUUUAUUUUAUGGCCGGACUGAAGAAGAUUGACGCCGAUUGGCUCAAUGGCUAUUCUAUGAACAAUCUAUCAGACCAUUGGAAAAAGGUGUGGAAUAAAAGUCGAUUCUUUGCUUACUUUUUCUGCCUUCUCUUUAAUUCAAUGAAUUCUCGACUCUUUUCUAUAGGAAUGUUCCCAUAUGUGAUGAUCGCAAUAAUGCCAGUGUUUAGUGCCCCGGAUUGGCCCAAACAACUCAUUCUUAUGUUUAAAACAAAAAUUUUAAAGUCUGUUCAAAAGGAUAGCCAAAGAAAAGUAGUGACAACUCAUGAGAAAAGCAAAUAUUUUGCAAAACAAAAAGCAUUGACGAAGAAAGAGAAGAUAACGUGGAUAUUAAUUAUGGGAUAUCUCUCGACUCAAUUAUUUCUACCGCAUUCCCAUUGGAUUACCAAAGGAUACAACACAUGGACUAAUCCGAAUAUACCGAUAAGGACCCUAUACUACCAAACAUGGACUAAGAGUAUGCGAUGGAGCCAUCACUCAGAUAUGGUUAAACAGUACGCUCUGUGCGCUCACAAGCGUCUCAUCAAAGAGUUCAACAUAACUGAUCCGUCCAUUCAUAUCGAUUCGUGGAUAUCAUUGAACGGACGCUUCGCGCAGAGAGUAUACGACCCUCGCGUCGAUUUAGUUCGCGCCGAGUGGUCACCAUUCAAACGGCCCGAUUGGGUGCUUCCCAUACUCUCCCAUCUGACUGAUUGGCGGCACAGACUUAAACAAUAUGAACACAAUCUAUACAAACAAAAUGAUUACAAUUCAGUCAUAUUUAUCGCCGAUUUUCCAGGCUUAACGCUAAACAAUUACAUCGGCUCUGAGUUCGGCAACACAUCACUCACUGUACUCAAGGGUUGGCUGAAGAUAGAGGUGGACGACGACCACUACACUCGCAUUAUGAGUGCCGGCGAUCACAUGACACUCCCAGUCAAACGCUUCCAUAGAGUGACACCAAUCAAGUCAGAGGCGGCCGCCUAUAUGUUCACUCAUAUCAAUGCAACCAAUUCUCUGGUCAAUGAUAUUCAAAGUAAACCAAUUGAUGUCAAACAAGACAUUGCGGCCAAAGUGGACGAUAAGAAUGCAUGGAUUAGAAGUUCCGAGAAUAUGUGGAUUGGAUUGUCAGCAGUGAUGCUUUAUUAUCCGAAUCGGGAGAACGACGAGAGGACAGGACAGGAGACGGGCUCUUAUGUGGGCUUCUGUCCGGUGGCGCCCUUCUUGCCGAUCAACGACUUGUGGAUAGACACAGAGGGAAAGGGAUGGGCGUUAGGUAUGCAUCAAAGAGAGAGCCAUUUGGCGCCAAAGAUACGCACCUCCGCCAGCGAUGGUCGCUUUGAUCAGCGAAUCCAACUCUUCGUCGCCUCUGAUGGCCAGCUGAAGAUGACGGGGAGUAAUGCGCUUCACCUUCAAGUCUUUGCUCGCAUUGCCCGCCAACUCAAGCACCUGUGCGGACACAACACACACACCGUUAACAUACCGUUCAAUAGCGCGUCCCAUACGGGCGCCAAUCCGAUGGCCAAACAGACACCGCAGACAACACAUACCUCAGCCGUCAGAUACUCGAGGAUAGCGGCCGAAUACACGGCAGCGGUGGCGCCCACACGACCG